AUGAACAAGCCAUCUAUAGCUGCAUUCUGUUCAAGGAAAGCUAUAUCCAUAUUCAUCACAAGCUUGAUUGCGCUAUCUCUUUUAUUCCUCUAUUCGGCGUCGAUCCGGGAUUCCUCAAAUCAACUUUGGAGUGCAACAAGUCUAUCGACAGCAGACAACAGCCAUCCACCAUCAUCAUGCAUCGCCGAUUCCGGCCAGCAGCAUCGUGCCAAAGUGGAUAAAUACACUUGGGACCAGUGUCUAGACAACAGCCCCGAAGCACCAGCUUACUACUUAUCCAUUGUCAUUGUCACUCGUAUGGAUGAUUACGCCGGCAAUCAACAUCAUCGUUUCCAAAACUUCAUUGAUAGUGCAUACCUGCUUGCCGAGCGUACACAAACCAAGAUGGAAUUGUUAGUGGUGGAGUGGAAUCCUCCUGAUGAUCGAAGACGUGUAUUGGAUUCAUUUAGAUUCCGCCGAUCACAAUAUUUGACGUAUCGCAUCAUCACUGUUCCUCCUGGUAUCCAUCAAGCACUCCCCAACCGAGGCAACUCACCAUUGCACGAAUUCGAAGGAAAGAAUGUUGGUAUUCGAUUUGCUCGUGGCGAAUUCAUUGUCUGUACAAACCAAGAUGAUAUCUGGUCCCAUAAUUUCCAUAAUGCCGUCAAAUCAAGAGCUUUCGAAAAGAAUGUAAUCUAUCUUCAACAUCAAGACCAUCACAAUAUCCAUGACAAUUUGCCUCCAUCCAUUGUAAAUCUUCCAGCAUUUGCCGAUGAUGAUACAUUAUACAACGCAUGUCGUCUUGGUGACCAAGAUUGGGGCAAUUACAAGCUGCCAGCACCUUUGAAUUUAACAACAAGCAACAUCCUCGAUACAGCUGAUCAAGCUGGUGACUUCACUAUGGCGCAUCGUGAUACCUGGAAGGUGCCUCGAGGAUAUCGUGAACAGGGUGGCGUUGCUUGGAUGGAUAUUGAAUUCAUUUGCACUGCGGCGUGGACGUUUGAUAUCCCGGUGGUAUGGGAAGAACGAGGCUUCACGUGCCAUCAAGACCAUCCCAACAUUUGGGAAUUCAACACUGAUCAGCACAACGAUAACAAGGAUAUUGAUAUGGGCGAGAUCAUGCGUAAAGAAAAAGUCUAUAUGAAUCAAGAGGGCCAAUGGGGUCUGCAGCAAUUGGACAUUUGGAACUAUAAUUUAGAAUGCAUCGAGUUCCAUGGUGGUCUUUGCUGGUAA